AUGGACGCGGUGUAUUGCAUUCGUACUUCUUCAGUUGGGAACACGCUCCAACACGUAGUUUGGAAGUUGACUGGUUGGAUGCCAGGAACAUCUGCCGACGACACUGCAUGGACGCCGUCUCCUUGGAAACUCCACAGAUCGGGCCAACCCAACAAACGUAACACUGGUGACUGGUCUUACACUGGAGGAUAUGGACAAGCCCAACCCGACAACAGAGAAGCUGCACAGGGCAAACGACGAGUCCUGUUUGGCUAUCCUGAACAACUUCUACAACGACGGUGUGAAGUGGCACGACGUCGCCUGUCAUCACGUGAGAAGCCAUUCGUGUGUGAAGACAGUGACGAGCUGUUAAACUUCGUACGCUCUCGCAACCCUGGCCUUCGUCUUUGA